UCGUCUCACAGCAGAAAAAAACUCUGGGUUUUUUAUUUGUUCGGUGUUUGAGAAUCACCCUGGAGGGGCAGAGGAGCAGUAACGGGACACAGAGCACUGAUUUACCGACUGUCCGCUCCGGUACCGACACCGGGCAGCCAUGGGAGCUGUUCUGGGAGCCUUUUCCUUCGCAAGCUGGAUGCCGUGCCUGUGCAGCAGCGCCACAUGUCUGAUGUGCAGCUGCUGUCCGAACAGCAGGAACUCCACGGUGACCAGGAUCAUCUACGCCUUCAUCCUGCUGCUGGGCACCAUCGUCGCCUGCAUCAUGUUGUCACCGGGCGUAGAGCAGCAGCUCAGAAGGAUCCCCGGCUUCUGUGAGGACGGUGCGGGUUCUUCUAUCCCCGGCCUGCAGGCAGAUGUCAACUGCGAGAUGUUUGUGGGCUACAAAGCAGUUUACCGCAUCUGCUUCGGCAUGAGCAUGUGGUUCCUGCUGUUUUCCAUCCUUAUGAUCAACAUCAAGAACAGCAGAGACCCUCGUGCCGCCAUCCACAGCGGAUUUUGGUUUUUCAAGUUCGCUGCCUUGGUGGCGGUUACAGUCGGUGCCUUUUACAUCCCAGAUGGGCCUUUCACCUUCACGUGGUUUGUCAUCGGCUCGGCCGGAGCGUUCUGUUUCAUUCUGAUCCAGCUGGUGCUGCUGGUGGACUUUGCCCACUCCUGGAACGAGUCGUGGGUGGACAAGAUGGAGAAGGGCAACUCCAGAGGCUGGUAUGCAGCGUUGCUGGCCAUCACCAUCCUGAACUACAUCCUGUCCUUCAUCGCUGUCGUCCUGUUCUUCAUCUUCUACACCAAACCGGAUGGAUGCUUCAUCAACAAGUUCUUCAUCAGCGCCAACAUGCUGUCCUGCAUCGUGGCCUCGGUCAUCUCUGUGCUGCCAAAAGUCCAG